AUGGGGAAGGUGUUCAAGGGCAGGAAUUAUCCUAACAGUCCUCUUAGUGAUGCUACAGUUGGCUACAGCCCAAGUUUCACAUGGAGAAGCAUACUUAGUGCAAAGGACGUGGUUUCGAAAGGAAUGAGAUGGAGAAUAAGAAAUGGAGAGCAGGUGCAGAUGUGGUAUGAUAGCUGGUUACCUCAUAAUUUUGGUUUCAAGCCUGUUAUCUCUAUUCCAAAUUCUGGUCCUGAUGCUAGAGUGAAGGAACUUAUAGAUGAGGACUUGGGUGCGUGGAUCAUGGAGAAAGUCGAGACCUUAUUCUGUCCCAUGGAAGAAAAAAAUAUUGAGUAUUCCCUUGUAUCUGAGGCAUCCUAA